AUGGGCAUGACAAACACCACCUCAGACUUCAUCCUCCUAGGGCUGUUCGAGCACACAGCAGCCCACCUACUUCUCUUUGUGAUGGUUCUGACAAUUGCCUUCUCCUCCCUAGUCGGCAAUGUCCUCAUGCUUCUCCUGAUUCACUGGGACCCCCGGCUCCACACGCCCAUGUACUUCUUCCUGAGCCAACUCUCCCUCAUGGAUGUGCUGUUGGGUGCCACCAUUGUGCCCAAGAUGUCUGCUGACUACUUGACCGGCAAGAAGUCCAUCUCCCCAGUUGGAUGUGGGCUGCAAAUCUUUGUUUCGCUCACGCUGGGUGGUGGAGAGAGCUUCCUUUUAGCAGCCAUGUGCUAUGACCGCUACGUGGCUGUUUGCCACCCACUGAAGUACCACAUCCUCAUGAGCUGGCCAUUAUGCCAGAGAAUGACUUUGGGGUCUUGGCUCCUGGGGGCAGCUGAUGGGCUAAUGCAGGCUGCUGUUACCCUGAGCUUCCCAUAUUGCAGUGCUCAUGAGAUGGACCAUUUCUUCUGUGAGGCCCCCACUCUGGUUCAUUUGGCUUGUGCUGACACGUCUGUCUUUGAAAAUGUCAUGUACAUUUGCUGUGUGUUGAUGCUUCUGGUCCCUCUUUCCCUCAUCCUGACCUCCUAUGGUCUCAUCCUCUCUUCUGUUCUCCAGAUGCGUUCAGGAGAAGCCCGCAAGGCUUUUGCCACCUGCUCCUCACACCUGUGUGUGGUGGGACUCUUUUAUGGAGCUGCCCUUUUUAUCUACGUGAGACCCAAGUCCUACAGGUUGGCCAACCAUGAUAAGGUGGUAUCAGCAUUCUAUACUGUCUUCACCCCUGCGCUGAAUCCCCUCAUCUACAGUCUGAGGAACAGCAAGGUCAAGGGAGCCCUGAAAAGGUGGCUGGGGAAAUGUGCUGCUUUAAGUCAUGGCUAA